AGAUCGCGAAAACCCUGCUGACUAAAAGCACGAUAGCAUCCCUCACCGCGAUAUUCAGACUAAUAUUGCUAUUAUUGGCCCGGUCACGGAAAACGAACAAGAACACACGACGUUCCGGACGGUGGGGACGGUAGCCAAGUACGAAAAACGAAACUGCGACGGAUCAUCACGUCGACCUGAUACCACGGUAGCCAUGGUAACACAACAGCAUCGGCCGCAUCAUCCACUAGAGCAGCAUGUGAGCGCGCCGCGCGAGCUCCCGUUCGACUCGAAUCCCAGGCCCAAACGUGUCACUCCAACACGUCAACGUCCACUCCCGACAAGACGCCAGCAGCGAGCGCGCCUACCUACGCAGCCAUAGUACUAUUCAUCAUCCCAAUCAAUCAAUCAACAAUGAUGACCAGCUACGACGUGGUCCUCUUCCUCAUCUCCCUGCUGCUGGGGCUGGCGCUGCGGCGCGCUGCCGCUCCGAUGGCCGAACUGGGCAUCAUCGAGCAACUCGAGCGCAAGCUCAACAGCCUCGAGAACCAGAAGCGAAAGCUCAAGCGGCAGCUGUCCGAUUUCAGGACGCGCGCCUGCAAGAGCGAGUCCAGGCUGCUCGACGACGUCGCGACCUCCCGCGACGGUUUAGCCCAGAAGAGCAUCAGGUCCAUGGCGGAGCUUGAAGACGUCGCCGACCUGUACGGUCACAACCGCGAGGAGACCUUCAAGCUGCUCCACUUCUGCAGGUCCGCCGUGCUCGAGAACCUCGAGGGCGCAAUCGAGUUAGCCGACAGGCGCAACUCGGCCGUGUCCAAGCUCUACUUCGACCUGUUCGGCGAGACCAACGGCAACGUGCAGCUCCUCAGCGAGCUUACCGACCCCUGGCGGCGGUGGGCCGAACUUCUGGCGUGUCAGCGCGACCGGAUGGACCGCGUGUUCGCCCACUGCCUGGACCGCGCGAGCCGGAACAAGCGGAUCAGCCUGGACGAGCUUCCCGCAUCCGUGGGGCUCCAGGAGCCGGACCACGGGUUCGACCGGAUCUUAGACCUGGUCCGCGUACGGUUGUCCCCGAUGUCACGCUCCGAGAGCCUGGCGGACUUCGAGUAUAUGCCCUCGACGGACUCGCCGACGAGCACCGUGUGCGGAGGCGCCAACGGCUCUUUCGUGAGGUUCAGGAAGACCGGAUAUCUGAGGCUAGCCCGGACCCUUCACAGGCGGAUGCCAGAGGUGCCGGAGGAGCGUCUGGUGGCCUGCCUGGAGACGCUGCGGACUCAAAAUGGCGGGCUCACAGGGUUGCGCAUCAGCGAGAUCAGGGAGGAGGUGUCGCGGCUCGUCCAGGACUGGCCCUCGGCAAUUCGCUGACCGGAGGUGCGCCCACUCUCGCCCUCGUCGCGCUAAGAGGGUAUUUUGAGAAGGAUAGAAGAUUCCUUCGGCUUGGGAGUUAAUGUAACGUGUUAGAUGCAAUCUUGAACAAAACAUGAUGGCUUAUAUGGUAUGGUCGUCAGUAUAUUCCCUUCUUGCGCACGACUUGUAGUUCCAGCAUUUCUGCAAGGCAUUGUCCUGGACCUACUGCCAUUAGGCCAGCCAUAGUCGAGCACGAGCUUGCGGUAACGAUCUUCCGCCGUGCUUAUUCUACACUGCCAUACUUUUAGUUUGAUGCAGGUUAUAACAGAAAAGACACAAAUGCUGCUCAUUAAUGUCUCCUCCCAUAUUUGUAGGCAUUUUCCCAAAAAGAACAAUUACUGCAGUCUGAGCGCCCAAACUAUGCUUAUUAGGAGUGGCCAUUGAACAGUUUGGAUGCCCUACCAUCUAGAUUGGUACAUCAAAACACAAAAUGCUGCUGAAUAUUUUUUUUUUGAAGGAUGCCAACAAUACUUGUAGCAAUGAUAGCACCAUAUGAUUGUUUAAUUCCCCAAUUGCUAGAAUGCCCGGAUCUAUAUUUAACAAAUCGUUAAACUCCCGCAGCACCAGAGACUUCCCAAUGGGGGUGCAGCUGGGCAGUGAAAGGAAGGGGGGGGGGGGGGGGGGGUGACGGCACUGGGCAGCACAAUGGCUCUCAACAAGUAACUUAUACCAUAAUCGGAGGCUUCACCUUGGAGUGCCAUAUCAUGUACUUAAGAAUUACAACUAGAAUCUUAUCUCUAUACUUGACAAAGAAUUUCGGCGCCCAAACCAGUGUGUUUACUCAAUUCUCAGUCCUUGGUCAACGUUUUCUUUGCAAGCAUUCCGAGUAGAUAGCUCAAGAUAGAAGAGUAGGAGCUGGCGCUGGGGUCCAAAACCAUCUGUUGCCAUGUCAAGUUUCCGAGUCGCCUGAGCUACCACACCUAAACCUUAGAGAGACAAAUUGUUUAGUCGUGACUAUCGCCGGUUGGGGCCCCCUUUGCAUUUCACACCAAAAUGGCCGCGCCCACGAAAAAUUCGAGAUUGGAGUGGCGAUACACGAAGCGUAGCAUAUUUAGUGGCUCUAAUUCCGACUUCUUGUUCGUCUUUUGAUGCAGGGUGCCAAAACAACUUCGGCCGAAGACGCGUUGCCCCUGCCCGGUCCUUCCGUGCUUAUUUCUAGAGACAGGGAUCAUUGUUUUGCCAAAUGCAGUAUUCACAAGCUGCCUCUUGGUUUCUGUCCAGUACUUCAUGCUCAUAAAAUGUUUGAACAUAA